UAACCCAUUUUUCUCUUCAAAUUUCACCCUUCUCACUCUCUUUCUCUCUCUACACUCUCCUUCACUCUCUCUCUCUCUCUCCGACCUAGCGAGACCGAGCGAUCCGACUCUAAUAUCGCGAUGCUCCGCCGCGCAACCUCCGCCCUCCUCUCCGGAGCCUCCCGCCGGCGCUUCUCCACCGACGUACCGGCAACGCCCUCGGCGGAAUCGAGCUUCGUGGAGGCGUGGAAGAAAGUGAGCCCGAAUCUGGAUCCUCCGAAGACGCCGCUCUCGUUCUUGAAGGAGCGGCCGCCGAUUCCCUCGACCCUCCCUUCCAAACUCACAGUCAACUUCGUCCUCCCCUACGCUUCCCAAUUGUCCGCAAAAGAGGUUGACAUGGUGAUUGUACCAGCAACAACUGGGCAGAUGGGUGUUCUGCCAGGACAUGUAGCAACAAUUGCUGAGUUGAAACCUGGUGUCCUCUCUGUUCAUGAAGGGAACGAUGUGACAAAGUAUUUUGUCAGCAGUGGCUUUGCAUUCAUCCACGCGAACUCUGUUGCUGACAUAGUAGCUGUUGAGGCCGUGCCGAUAGAUCGGAUUGAUGCAAAUCUUGUUCAGAAGGGCCUUCAAGAUUUCACCCAGAAGCUCAACUCAGCCUCAACUGACUUGGAGAAAGCUGAGGCUCAGAUUGGGGUGGACGUCCACAGCGCUCUCAACUCUGCUCUUACAGGCUGAUAAGUACUGUAGUGUUGAGUCCUUUCCUUUAUUUGUUUUUCAACCCCUCCACUGCGUGGCGUUGAUUUGUCACGGUGUAAUCAAAGUUGCCAAAGAACAUUGUCACCAUGAAUUUCUGUGUUCAAAGUGAUUUCAUAAAAUAAUAUUUCAACAGCUUCCUUCUAGCUCAAGGAUGUUGGGCAAGACCUUCAUAUUAGAAACUAAAGCUUCAUUUUUUGUUUUGGAUUA